AUGAUGGAGGACUGCAAUGACACCACCAUCAUCAUCCCUUCUCUUCAGUUCGCCUCCCGUUAUCUCAGCCCCGCAGACGCGGACGGCUUCAACGCUGCCUUCCCAAAGGACAAGGUCGCCGAGAUUCAUGUCACGUUCAAAGCCCUCAUGAAGACUCCCGAAGACUCACCUCCCGAGGAGUCUGAAAUCAGCAAAGCUUGGCGCGACAUCGACAUGAACAUCGCGCGGUUAUGCGAUGACGAGCAUUUCUUCCACCUCUCUGAGUCGAAGGCGGACCGAGACGACAACGGCAAGAACAAGAUCGAUGCGAGCUUCCUUCCGAAUAACCUGAUGAAGUGGUACGAGAAGGACACCGCCAACUUCGCCAUCCAGGCCAUGUCGAUCAAGUUCAAGCGCGGCGGUACGAAGAAUGACCCCUUUGACGACCGCAGGGAGUACGACAACGAAUCUCUCGCCUUGUCGCGCAAGAUGGUCAGAGGUCAGCUCAUGGCCUACUCCGCCCGCCUCUUCCAUAAACAACACCGCAAGUGGCAUUUCCAGCUCCUCGUCAACGGCCGCGAAUUCCGUUUCCUCCGAUGGGACCAUUCCGGCGUGAUUGUUACCGAGGCCGAGGACUACGUCACUACGCUGGAGGACACCGAACAUCUCCUCAAGAUGUUAUACGGGUUCUCGAGGCUAAAUCGCAGCGGCAAGGGUUACGACGAUACCGUCGAGGAACUCUCUGACACCUCCGUCGGAUGGACGCGUAUGGGCCAGCUGACCAACCCCCACCCCGACGACAUCACACCGGACACGCGCGAGGCUAGCGCAGAAUACCACAUUGCUGCCGAGUUUCACCCAGAUAUCGCCGAGGAGCGCGUCGUGCAGUGGUUGAAGGACAAGGCCUUCUAUGCCGACCCUAGACGCGACGACAACAGGCAGACACCGCCGGACACGCACAUGCGUGAUUUGCGCUACCUCCCCACCUUCGACUAUAUACGCGCGAAGUUCAAAAGCUCAAUCGCGCCCGGGAAUCGUCGCUACAUCGUCAAGAUUGACGGCGGGAUAUUCCUCGUAGGCUCUCCGGUCUUCGUCGCGUUCGGUGCGGUGGGACGUGGCACUCGCGGCUUCAUCGCUCUCGAGUGGGCGACACAGCGCUUCGUAUUCAUCAAAGAUACCUGGCGCCCCUUCUACGCCGGCCUGCCGAGCGAAGGCGAUGUGCUCAAGACACUCAACGAGGGCUCCGUUCGCAACGUCCGCACCCUGGUCUGCUAUGAGGAUGUCCCUGGCCACGAGACGGAGACGUCGCACUACUCUCCGGUCACUGGCAACAACCGGCGGACGAUCGACCUCAGCAUGCGCAGGCCGGUUCCUGAUGAGGCGCAGGCCGCGUCCACGCACAAGUGCGGCACCGCCUCGCCCGCGACCCGACCCCUUCCCUCCACCCCUCGCCGCCGACACGCCGAGGCCGGCACGAAGCGCACGCGCGAUGAGCGGCAUGCGCAGGAGGAGAGCGCGUAUACUGAGGAGCAUCCAAAGAAAGCCAAGGCGAAGAAGCCCAAGUUCAUCCAAGGCACAAGAUUGCGCCAUAUGCUACACCAUCGCAUAGUCGUCAAGGAGGUUUGCAAGGAUUCGAUCGCGUUCACCUCCGGACGUCAGUGGGCGAGGAUGAUUCUCCAAACGCUGUACGCCCAUCACGACGCGGUUGAGAAAUGUUAUAUCGUACACCGCGAUGUUAGCACCGGUAACAUCCUCAUGUACCCCGUGAUCACAUGGGGAGCGGAUAAGAAGGCGCUAGGGGUCACACAGACGGGUUUGCUUGCCGACUGGGAACUCGCCAAGGAUAAGAGGAUCGAAUACGCGCGGCAGAUUGCACGUACGGGGACCUGGCAAUUCAUUCCGGUCCGUUGUCUGCUGGACCCCCGGUCGGCGAUACGGAUCGCAGACGAACUCGAAUCGUUCUUCCACGUGUUCCUCUACAACUCGGUCCGCCUCGUCCCUAGCAAUCUGCUGGAUGUUCAGCAUUUCGUGCGGUCCUACUUCGAUGCACGCCACCCGCAUCCCACGAAGAUCGGCGAAAUCAGCGUCUCCAAAGACAAACACGAUGCCAUCGUGAACGGCAAGAUCACGACUACGAGCGCACUGGUAGAACUCGCUUUCGCGUCCCCCAGGCGGAAUGCUCCACAUCCUUUCAACGCACUUAUCGCGGAACUCCUGAAGCACUUCAAGUCUCGAUACGCCGUUGGUCGCUGGACCGAAUGGGAGGCCCUGAACGCCGCGCGCAAGACCACCGACGAGGAACCCUCGAAAGCCGCCAAGACGCCCACGUUGCCUCCGGUCCGCGAAGAGACCACCCCGCCUGCUGAGGACUCCGACGAGGAGUCUGACCAAGAUUGGGACCUGAAGCCAGUCGCUCGUAAGAGCAAGACAGGGAACUCGAUCAGGCCCAAAGCCCUCCUGAAGCCCGAUCCGGAGGCUCCACCGCGUCCUGACGAUCACGAUUUCGCGCGUUCCGCCGCGCUCGACACGCACGACGCGAUCAUCGGCAUCUUCGAGCGCUUCGUUGUGCAGGACAAGGCGAAGAAGGAGGACAGGGUGAAAUGGCCCAAGAAAGACCUGAUGGAGAAGGACGCGCUCGCGCAGUACGUUCCGCCGCCUCGUCGGCGGGCACCGAAGAGGGUCAGGACGGACCUGCUCCCUCCGGUCGCUGCUUGGACGAUGUCGACGGAAGAGGAUGGGAUGGAUGACUCGCCGACGACCCGUCGGAGAACCCGUGCUCCACAGACUAUCACGCUGGGGUAG